AUGGGGGCCACCAGGAGGGAGCGCUCAGGGCUAGGCUGGCAAGGAGCCUGCGCACUGGCCGCGCUCCUGCUCUGGCUGCGCUUCCCACCGCUGCGCGCCCAGGUCACCCCGUCCAAUCGGAACAGCCAGAACUUGGAUGACGUAUGCGGGAAGACUGGCAAAACCGGGAAGAUCUUUGGUGGUCAGAAGGCAGAACCAGAACGGUGGCCAUGGCAGGCCAGUCUACUUUUUAAAGGCCAGCACGUCUGUGGAGCUGCCCUCAUCGCCAGCAACUGGGUAGUCUCCGCUGCUCACUGCUUCCAAAUGUCCAAAACCCCAGGGGACUACCGCAUCCUGCUAGGGUACAACCAGCUGAGUAAUCCCACCAGCUUCAGCCGGCAGAUGACCGUGAACAAGCUCUUUGUCCACGAGAACUACGAUAAGUUUCACCGCUUUGGGAGCGACAUUGCCCUAUUACAACUGCACUUGCAGGUGGAGUUCAACUCUCACGUGCUCCCCGCCUGCGUCCCGAAGGCCAACUUAUCGCUCUACGUUGAUACCGCCUGCUGGAUCAGUGGCUGGGGGAUGCUCACGGAGGAUGCAUUCCUACCACGGCCCUUCCAGCUGCAGCAGGCUAAGCUCUUCAUCAUGGAAAAUGACUUGUGUGACUCCUUUUUCAUACCACCACCAGACAUCGACCCAUCCGAAGUUGCUCGCGUACAUGAAGAGAUGAUAUGUGCUGCGGACUUCCGCAAUCCUCCGUCCAUCUGCCGAGGAGACUCUGGGGGCCCCUUGGUCUGCUUCUUGAACUCCUCCUGGUACCUGAUUGGGGUGACCAGCUGGAGCGCUCCGUGCUUCCCGCCCAUCGGCCCCAGCGUCUUCUCCAGAAUCUCCUACUUCCACGACUGGAUCAAGAACAACCAGGCAAAAACACCCAAUGCUGACCCUGCUACGGCCCCGGCAGAGGAAAAGGCCCCUGCGCUGAGCAGCAUGAAUCCCAACAAGGGCACUGUCCCCAGGCCCAGGGUCUUCCUGGUCCUGCUGUCGUCUGCGACUCUGCUGCUGCUGAUUCUCCUGCAGAGUCGGUGA